AUGAUCCAGUCAGAAUGGAUGAUCAAAGCCAUGCAAUCCAAAUAUAGACCUUAUUUUAACUUGACGGACGAUAAUGAUUCGGGAUCGCAAUCUUCUGUCACUUCCAACGACAACACUGGUUUGCGAGUCGUAUUGGAAUAUCCAGGCAUGGACGAAUCCGAAAGAUUUUUAUUAAUGCGACCUGUACGAAAAGGCGGUGCUGGUGAUUCAGAAGUGGAAGAUAAAGACGAAUACAAUCCUAUUACCGAUUUAAUGCGAACAGUGUAUUUCAUCUAUGAUGACUAUUUGCAACCUGAGCAGCAAAUGUUGCUGGGCGACGACGCACAGGGGAUCAUGCGUAAUUUGACGAAAUAUCGCAACCGUCGGCAUGGUGCCGGGUUUAUUCAAGCCGUGGACGACUUUAAUCGAGUCAUUCGCCAGUUGAAAGAUCAAGGGGUGAUGGAAAAAAGUGCCAAAACCAUGCGUCAUCCGAGUUAUGAACUGGCUUGCCAUAUCCUUUAUCAAGUGUAUAGUCGCACCGUGGCGCAUCAAGCAGACGCACUCAAUAACUAUAAAGCCUUUUCCAAUAAUGUGUAUGGAGAGAUCAAUCCGAUUCUGGUGAAAGAUAUCAUUGCAAGGACCAAACUCAAUUCCAGGAGUGUGUUUAUGGAUAUGGGAUGUGGCAUUGGGAAUAUCGUACUUCAAGUGGCAGCGCAAACGGGAUGCGAAGCCCACGGUAUUGAGAUCAUGGAGACACCUUGCAAAUAUGCUAAACGUCAGCUCAAAGAAUACGCGGGUCGCAUGAGAGCUUGGCGAUUAGCCACGGGCCGAAUUCAUUUCCGUCAGGGCGAUUUCCUGGAUUUGGGUGCUUGUGGCAUGUAUGAUACACUGAAACGGGCAGAUGUGGUGGUAGUGAACAACUACGCCUUUGACUGGGAAACCAAUCAUGCUCUGGCGCAAUUAUUCUUGGAUCUCAAGGAAGGAAGCCAAGUGGUAUCGUUGAAAUCAUUUGUACCAAAGAACCAUAAAAUCAAUCAGCGCACGUUCCACAUGCCUGAAUCCAUUUUACGUGUACAGGAAUACGAGUAUUUUUCGGAUGGCGUAAGCUGGACCAACAAUGGCGGCACGUACUACAUCGCUACCGUCGACCGAAAACGACUCCAACCUUUCUACAACAAGUAUCAGCAAUAA